ACAAGAGCAGGACAAGGAAAAGAAGAAGAACGAGAAGAAGCAGGAGAAGGAGAAUAAGGUGCAGGAGAAACAGUUCUGGAAAACAAACGUUCGUCGGGGGAUUAUUUGCCGCUUUUCCUUCUUGGAUUCCAAAAACCUUGUACCAACAUGCCGGUGAACAGGAUGAAGAUGCGGCCUUGGUUGGAGAGGAUGAUCGAGUCCAAAAGCAUCCCCGGUCUGGCCUGGCUGGAUAAGGAGAAGACCAUGUUCUCCAUUCCUUGGAAGCACGCGGCUCGCCACGGCUGGGACAUGGACAAGGACGCCUCCUUGUUCAAGAAGUGGGCCAUCCACACUGGGAAAUACAUGGAGGGCGACACCCAUGACGCCAAGACGUGGAAGGCCAACUUCCGCUGCGCCAUGAAUUCCCUGCCCGACAUCAAGGAGGUGAAGGACAAGAGCGUCAACAAGGGCCAGUCGGCCAUGCGCGUCUUCCGGAUGCUGCCCCAGAAACAAAGAGAAAAACGAGGCAAAGCAAAGUCCAGGAAGCAGGUCAAGAAAACUGUGGCCGAGGACUCAGACUACAGCGAUACCCAGUCGCCGCCUGAUCCAUCGCGGCUGAGCGAAGACCAGCCGUGCGCUCAGGAGAACGUGGUGGACAGCACGGUGUGCAUGGACAUGACAGAAGAUUUAGUUUCCUUUGGGUUCGGGAGUGACCACCUGUCCGACAGUUUCAAAGACCGAUUCCAAGUUUCACCCGAGCGCACCCCCGAGUACGAGUACGACAUAGUAGAGAUUUGCAAGCAACUGGAGAGAGACUCGCAGAGCUUCAAGACCAGUUAUGAUGUCAAGGGGAUGCUGAGUACGUGCACCAGUCCAGGGAGCCAGUGGAGCGAAUGUUCAGCCGACGACGCGGACGAACUGCGGCUGUCGCCACAGUACACAACGCUGAGUUCGGAGUUCACCAUGUCGGCGGACAGCCACUGGAACGACCUCCAUCUCCCGACAUUCGGCGGCUUCCGUUCGGGUCUGGAUGACAGUCACUUUUUGGACUUUAUGGGCUCUUCGGUGUUCAGCAUGUGAACCCCCACCCCCGCCUCCACCACGUUUGAAGAACACUGUCUCUCCAACUCGUGACCACUCUGGAGCGCACUCUCAGGAAUCGUUUGUUCAAAAUUGCAUUGUUAGGCCCACAGUGUCUCUGGUGUCUGGUUCUGGGUGCAGUCAUAACCCUCAAGCUCCUUUUCCAGCCGCACACAGCUCUCUGGUCUUCAUGUUGGUUCCGCCUCCAACUACUAUAACUGCAAUGUUCAUGGACCACAUCUGAAGCAACUUUGUCAAUGAAGGGACACCAAUGGACUCAUUUUCAAAUGUUCCCUCUGUUUCAGACAGUGCAGCCAGUUCACAUAGUAGUUUUUCCAUUUACUUUGUUAUUACCGUGGUAGCCACACAUUUAACCAUCGCGCUACAAUCCCAACCGUACACUUUUCCCAACAGUUGUAAAUGUAUGUAUAUAGUUGCCUAUUGUGUUUUUUGAUAAUAAAAAGGAAACAAAUACA